AUGGAUGCAGCUGUGGCCAGGGAGGGGGAGGCCAUUGACGCAGAGUCGCUGAAACCAACGACGACACCGGGCGCUGAAGAAGCCCAGGAGGCAGUCGGCGUGGGUGUGCUUGGUUGGCUAGGUUUCAUCAUCGUCAAUCUCGCAGCUUGGGGCUUCAUCACCUUUGCCAGUUUCGUUUCCUGGACGUUCGGCCUUGGUGUUUGCGUGCUGUACACCAUUCUGCUGGUCGGCCUGGCUGUGUGGCUGGAGAGGCGCGGCCCCGUCUACAAGCAGCUCCUGGGCAAGAUUCAAUUUCUAUGA